AUGAGUGCGUUGGUUCUGCGCCUCAGACGGGCAGGCAUCAACACGCAAGUUUUGCAGGUGCAGUCCCGGUCCCCCCCUUCCCCCUCUCCUGCAUGCUUUCCACUCACUCCAGCCCCGCUUCCCCCUCUCCUGCAUGCUUUCCACCCACUCCAGCCCCGCUUCCCCCUCUCCUGCAUGCUUUCCACCCACUCCAGCCCCCCUUCCCCCUCUCCUGCAUGCUUUCCACUCACUCCAGCCCCGCUUCCCCCUCUCCUGCAUGCUUUCCACCCACUCCAGCCCCGCUUCCCCCUCUCCUGCAUGCUUUCCACUCACUCCAGCCCCCCUUCCCCCUCUCCUGCAUGCUUUCCACCCACUCCAGCCCCCCUUCCCCCUCUCCUGCAUGCUUUCCACUCACUCCAGCCCCCCUUCCCCCUCUCCUGCAUGCUUUCCACUCACUCCAGCCCCCCUUCCCCCUCUCCUGCAUGCUUUCCACCCACUCCAGCCCCGCUUCCCCCUCUCCUGCAUGCUUUCCACUCACUCCAGCCCCGCUUCCCCCUCUCCUGCAUGCUUUCCACUCACUCCAGCCCCCCUUCCCCCUCUCCUGCAUGCUUUCCACUCACUCCAGCCCCCCUUCCCCCUCUCCUGCAUGCUUUCCACUCACUCCAGCCCCCCUUCCCCCUCUCCUGCAUGCUUUCCACUCACUCCAGCCCCGCUUCCCCCUCUCCUGCAUGCUUUCCACUCACUCCAGCCCCGCUUCCCCCUCUCCUGCAUGCUUUCCACUCACUCCAGCCCCCCUUCCCCCUCUCCUGCAUGCUUUCCACUCACUCCAGCCCCCCUUCCCCCUCUCCUGCAUGCUUUCCACUCACUCCAGCCCCCCUUCCCCCUCUCCUGCAUGCUUUCCACCCACUCCAGCCCCCCUUCCCCCUCUCCUGCAUGCUUUCCACUCACUCCAGCCCCCCUUCCCCCUCUCCUGCAUGCUUUCCACCCACUCCAGCCCCGCUUCCCCCUCUCCUGCAUGCUUUCCACUCACUCCAGCCCCCCUUCCCCCUCUCCUGCAUGCUUUCCACCCACUCCAGCCCCGCUUCCCCCUCUCCUGCAUGCUUUCCACUCACUCCAGCCCCGCUUCCCCCUCUCCUGCAUGCUUUCCACCCACUCCAGCCCCGCUUCCCCCUCUCCUGCAUGCUUUCCACUCACUCCAGCGCCCCUUCCCCCUCUCCUGCAUGCUUUCCACCCACUCCAGCCCCCCUUCCCCCUCUCCUGCAUGCUUUCCACUCACUCCAGCCCCCCUUCCCCCUCUCCUGCAUGCUUUCCACCCACUCCAGCCCCGCUUCCCCCUCUCCUGCAUGCUUUCCACUCACUCCAGCCCCGCUUCCCCCUCUCCUGCAUGCUUUCCACUCACUCCAGCCCCCCUUCCCCCUCUCCUGCAUGCUUUCCACCCACUCCAGCCCCCCUUCCCCCUCUCCUGCAUGCUUUCCACUCACUCCAGCCCCCCUUCCCCCUCUCCUGCAUGCUUUCCACUCACUCCAGCCCCGCUUCCCCCUCUCCUGCAUGCUUUCCACUCACUCCAGCCCCCCUUCCCCCUCUCCUGCAUGCUUUCCACCCACUCCAGCCCCCCUUCCCCCUCUCCUGCAUGCUUUCCACUCACUCCAGCCCCCCUUCCCCCUCUCCUGCAUGCUUUCCACCCACUCCAGCCCCCCUUCCCCCUCUCCUGCAUGCUUUCUACUCACUCCAGCCCCCCUUCCCCCUCUCCUGCAUGCUUUCCACUCACUCCAGCCCCCCUUCCCCCUCUCCUGCAUGCUUUCCACCCACUCCAGCCCCGCUUCCCCCUCUCCUGCAUGCUUUCCACUCACUCCAGCCCCGCUUCCCCCUCUCCUGCAUGCUUUCCACUCACUCCAGCCCCCCUUCCCCCUCUCCUGCAUGCUUUCCACUCACUCCAGCCCCCCUUCCCCCUCUCCUGCAUGCUUUCCACUCACUCCAGCCCCCCUUCCCCCUCUCCUGCAUGCUUUCCACUCACUCCAGCCCCGCUUCCCCCUCUCCUGCAUGCUUUCCACUCACUCCAGCCCCCCUUCCCCCUCUCCUGCAUGCUUUCCACCCACUCCAGCCCCGCUUCCCCCUCUCCUGCAUGCUUUCCACUCACUCCAGCCCCCCUUCCCCCUCUCCUGCAUGCUUUCCACCCACUCCAGCCCCGCUUCCCCCUCUCCUGCAUGCUUUCCACUCACUCCAGCCCCCCUUCCCCCUCUCAUGCAUGCAUUCCACCCACUCCAGCCCCCCUUCCCCCUCUCCUGCAUGCUUUCCACUCACUCCAGCCCCCCUUCCCCCUCUCCUGCAUGCUUUCCACUCACUCCAGCCCCCCUUCCCCCUCUCCUGCAUGCUUUCCGCCCACUCCAGCCCCCCUUCCCCCUCUCAUGCAUGCUUUCCACUCACUCCAGCGCCCCUUCCCCCUCUCCUGCAUGCUUUCCACUCACUCCAGCCCCCCUUCACCCUCUCUAA